AUGAAGAAGUUACUUGUGUUUGUCUCCUUUUUGGUCCUGACGACCACUUUUACAGACACCUCACCAAUUUUGGCUGAAAAAGAUGCCAAACAGAUUCUGAGAACUCGUCGUGAAGACAGACUGAGAAAAGCUGGCUUCCCUGAUGAGCCAAUGAGGGAGUAUAUGCUUUACCUCCAGAACUUGGAGCAGAGAUCCGAAGAACAACUCCUUGAACACUGGUUGAAUCCACAUUGCUUACCGCACUGCAACAGGGAUUUAGUACAUCCAGUCUAA